AUGUCUGCCCUCGACACUGCACCGACCCAGCCGUGCUUGGAAAGCCAGGCUUCGGGAGCAUCAUUGUUGCUUGCAGAAACGCAAGUGUUGCCAGGAUCGACUAGUGAGCUUUCAGCAGAAGCGCCCCUGGCCCCAAGUGCAAGCUCAGCAGCCGCAGCGAAGCAUGCAGCUGACGCCAACCCACCUGCAGAAGACAAGCCGAAGCUCACCCCAGAUGCCCUCAAGCUAGCUGUGGCCAACUUUGCACAGCACCACCAGCUAGAGCCCAGCACGGUUAGUGAGGAGAUGCUUCACGCGUCCGAAGAAGGCGCAGUGCACUGGGCGACGCUCUCACUCGACAACAGCGCCCGCGGUCCGGGAGCCCAAGCCCUAGGACGUGCGCUGAAACAUCGACCCGACCUCAAGGCUUCCUAUGGCAUCUUGACGGAGUUCUGCUACACAUGGAACUCGUGGCUGGAAGCAGACACGUUCUUCUGGGUUGAGAGCCUUGUGAAGACCAGCUGUUUGCAAGCUUGGAAGUCCGUUGUUACGGUACAGUCUACUGAGACAGUGCCAGGCUCCUGGUCCGAGCGGGGCUUGAGGCUACAAGAUGUCUCUGAGUCUGAAGUGAGAAGCUCCACUGAAGGACUGCAGUAUUGGGCUAGCUUGUACACAGAAACCCCGGAAGCCCGUCCCAAGCCCACAUGUGAUGGCACCAACGGUGGAGGCGUGCCUCCGCCGCGCAAGAGAGGGUCUUUGCCGCCAGCGCAGCCCAAGGAGGCAGACCAGCAGGCGGGGCCAGCGCCUGUUGAAGGCGAGGAUCCUCCGACAAAGAAGUCACGGAAGGCAGGUGAUGGCACCUCUGCCAAGAAGGAGCGAGAGGUCAAGGAGCUGUUAGCCCAAGAGCAGGCUAGUGACAACAGUAUGACGGUGAUAGCCGCUGGCAUGACUCAGGAUCCCUCUUGGUGGUCUUGGGCCAAAGAUGUGGUCGCUACCUACCGUGUUCAUCGCACCAACGUUGUCACGCUGUACGCGGACAACGUCUUCUUUCAAAAGAUGAAAGUCGCGGCGCUCUCACCCAAGGAGUUGGCCAAGGUCAAGAAGGACUUCAGGGAUGAUUACGUGGCCAAGCUUUGCGAGUUUGUCACAAAGUUAGGGCCCUGCAUUCAGAAAAUGGCCGAGACAAGCUUCCAAGUAGAGAACAUGGCCAAGGCUAAGAGGGCAGCGUCUGAGGAAGUGCAGAGUCAGAAGAACUCCAAGCCCAAGCCCAAAAGAAAAGCGGCGCCCAAGCGCAGAUCGUCCUCUUCUAGUCUCACGGCCGCCGCUUGA